AUGGUAGCGGAGCUCUGCUGUCUAACCUUCGGCACCUGGGCCGACAAACCAGGACCACAGGCCGAGCCAACCGGGGACUGGCACGACUGGGGUUGGAAUCGGGACCAGUCUGGUUCCUGGUGGGACAACCACCAAGCCGAAGCUGACCAGCACUGGGACUGGCAGCAAGAGGUCUGGCAGCAAGAAAGCUGGACCGAAAACACAGGCCAAGCCGAGGACCCCUGGGCCGGCUGGUCAGGUGUGCAUUCGUGGGUGGAGGCACACCCGGUGCCUGAACCCAGUGCACCUCCGCGUAGUCGCAGUCCGCGGCAUCGCAGCGAACCUGCAGCUUCCAGUGCGGGUAGACCCGCCAAACCAAGGGGAAAGCCCUGGUGGGAACGUCCCCCGCCCGAGUGGGUGUGGGACGAGAGCAACCAACGCUGGAAGCGCAAGAAUCAGCAGGGAAAACGCUCACCUGAAAAGGUUGAGGAACGUAUCCAGCGCGGACAAGAGCGACGAGCAGCCAGCUCGUCAGCAAAAGUCGCGCGGGUAGAACCGCCUCAGGAGGCGGAGACCUCGACUGAGCCAGGGUCAGAAUCCUCCUCCAGCUCGUCAGUCAGCACCAUCGACUACGAGUCUGGGAGUCUGCCCGUGCAGACUGAAGCGGCAGCAAGUGCAGCCGCAGAAAGAAUUCGGGCCAUCAAGCUCGAAGGGGAUCCGGGCGAACCGGAAGGACCCCACGCACCAUCUGCAGGGGUGAAGAGCGAGGAUCCGAACGAGGAACCCCUCGCAAGUGCGGCAGCUAAAGCUGCGUCUGAGCUCCGAGACUCCUGGAUCUCAGUGAAAGAGGAGGUUGACUAUAGCCCCUCGGACACUCCAGCCCACGCCUCUCCGAAGAUGGCGAUGGCGGGGACGACACAGCUCACCGCUGAAGAGGUGAGCAGGCAGCUCACGGGACUCACUGAAGCCCUCCGAAGGGCAGAGGAGGCCCACCGUGGGUUGCAAGAGCAGCUGGCUCAAAGCCAGCAUCGCACCCAACUGUUGGAGCAACAGCUCCUGGAACUCCAACAGGCGGGUAGCACCGCCGCGGGUGGCACCGCAGCCAGCAGAGCAGCGGCGGCCGCAGCGGUAGGUAGCGGAGUAGAAGAUUGGGAAAGGUUUGUGUGGCAAGUUGAAACCUUUGCUGCACUCGUGGACGAAAGUUUUCCAGUGCACUUAGAGGAAGCCAGAAAGAGUCAAAGUGACAACACACCGACCGAAGAGAGCGACGAAUACCGAGCUCUCUCAGUCAAACUGUUUGGGAUGCUGGUAUCGCUCAUCGCUGAAUGCCCAGCUGCAUUGAAGAUUGCAAGGGGCACGAGAAACCAAAAUGGAUUCGUCCUGUGGCGAAUGCUAUGGCGAGAGUUUCAUCCCGAACAGGCCAACAGAGGUCUCAUUUGGAGACGAGCCCUGCUUUCGCCGAAGUUUCCAAACAAAGAGGGCGACUUUAGUGCAGCUCUUCAAGAAUGGGAGCUGGAUCUCGCGAAGUAUGAAUCCGAGUUUGGAGCCGAAAAGGCCAUCUCAGAUGAAGACAAGCGAGCGCUACUUAUGGUCGAAUCGCCCCAGGCCCUGAAGCAGCACUUGGCAAUGCAUGCUUCGUCGCUAGGAUCGUACGAUGAGGUUCGGGCUGUGGUAGUCUCAUACCUGCAAGCAAAGAGGGUGUGGACACCGUCCGGUGGUUAUGCUCAGUCAAGCCGCCGAGCAGCUCACGAUCCCGAUGCCAUGGAUAUUGGCAAACAGAAAGAAAAGGAGAAGUGCCCCAUAUGCUGGCGAACUGGGCACACAGUGAAAGACUGCUGGUACAAUGUGAAAGGAAAAGGCAAAGGAACGCCGAAGGGCGGAGUAAACGCUGUUGCUGACGACACUUCGUCACAGCUCUCAGCGGGUCCCUCCGCUUCCCAGGCGGGCAGCGCCGCGACUACGGCAAAACCUGGUGUGAGACACAUCUCGGAUGAGCCCAUGCGAGUGCUGGCUGUGCGGAACAACGACCCCCGCCAAGGACACCUCCUGGUGGAUACCGGUGCCGCUGUUUCCGUUUGCCGCCCGGGAACCUUUUCCAGUAAACUUGACCCGAAAGGACAAAUGGCUCUGUACAGUGUGGACGACACGCCGCUCAACACCCUAGGCGCCACGGAACCUGUGCUGCGACUAGGCGGGGACCACCGCCAGAAUGCACGAACCACGUUUCAAGUGGUUGAAGGUAUCACGGAUGACAUUCUGUCUGUGAACCGAGCGGUGGAUGCUGGAGCGCGGGUUGUGUUCCACGCGUCAGGCUCGCACAUUGAGUGGGCUGACGGCUCACGAGCCGAUUUCGUCCGAAGUGGGAAGCAAUUCCUGCUACCUUACGCUGAAAUGGCCAAACCCAGCAAGCACGUGACCAUAGCGGCCGUUGAGGAUUUUCCCGACGACCUGGAAGCUCAAGCGGUCGAGGAAUUCGCUAUCGCUGAAGAACAGCGGGAGGCAGAAGCCGCGCGGGCCGAGGCAGCAGCUGCCGAAGCCAAUGAGGGUGAGGGCGAAGAACGCCAGGACCUUGAAGCGGUAGCCCCGCCAGCGGAUCCCGAGCCGAACGAGGAAAGCGUGCCACGCGAGCCCACGGCCGAAGAGAAAGAGCGCCAUAGACUCACUCACCUGCCAUUCCAGAGCUGGUGUCCGGAAUGCGUGCAGGGGGCCGGGCGAGGCGGGCACCACCGCCGAAAGAAAGACGCGGGAGAAGGCGCAUUGGAAGCGACGGUCCAAAUGGACUACACCUUCUACUCGCGAGGGGCGCAGCAAAGGCUCGCGCCGGAGAACGAGUCUGUUCUCGUCACGGUACUGACGCUGGUUGACCGCGACACCGGCUGGCCGUGCAGCGCGCAGGUGCCUAGAAAAGGUCAGGAGCGCGGACCAUUUGUGUUGGACGCAAUAGAGCUCUACCUGAACAAUUUGGGACACAAAAGAGUGAUCCUGCAAAUUGACCAAGAAGGAGCGUUGAGAAACGUUGCUGUGGCUGUAAGAAACCGGAUGGGGGCACACAAGGUUCGAGUGCGGGAGUCACCGCCGUACUCGCACCAGAGCCAGGGCGCCGUUGAAGGCGAACACCACCAACUCGCAGGUUUGGUACGCACAUGGCUCAUGGACCUCCAGAAUCGGUACCCCAACUGCAUGGUUGACGUCAAUCAUGUGGUGUUUCCCUGGCUAGUCAAGUACGUCGCUUGGUCUGCGGCGAGGUUUCAAGUGAGAACCGCCGACAAAAUGACCGCGUACAAGAUAGUCAAUGGGGUAGAAUACUUGAGCCCCAUAUGCAAAUUUGGGGAAACAGUCAUGGCAAAACUUCCGAAACCAGGCACCAAGGCGCAACGCCGUUGGAUACGUGGGAUAUGGGUUGGUCGUCUAGAGCGCGACAACACCAACAUUAUACUCACGGAGGCUGGGGCAUUGAGUGUGCGGUCUGUCCGCCGUUUACCACCAGACGCGCAAGCCAACAGAACCCUGAUGGGGACCGUAGCUGGCGUGCCAUGGGCACUUCGACAAGGAAGGACGUUGCGGCAAGCACCCGCCCUGCAGGCAGAACCUCUGGUGCUGCCAGCACCGCCACUCAUGCAAGCCGAAACCGAAGGCGACCACGUGGAGCAAGAGGGCGCAACGCAAAUCCCCUCAAUGGCCCACGAUGGACCCGAAGAAAGAAUGGACAAAGACGCGUUGGACGUUGAAGGCGCCGCAGCCGCGGAAAGCCUCGAACCACGCGAAGACAUGGACGUUUUCGAUGGCGAUACCGGCGCGGGAGUUCUCGUCUCACCUGAAGAAACCGCUGAGGCUGAAGCUAUUCGAAAUGCAGCGCCAUCGAGUCCCACAACGUCGGAUGGCCCAUCCGCAGAAAGCGCGGGAGCCGCCGCCGGAUCACCUAGAGCACCAGCAGGGAUGGCUUAUCCCACGGGGCUGGGCGAAGGGGGGCUGGCGACCAAGCGUUCAGGCGCAGCGCCACCUGCGGAAGAGACCAGGCCAACAAAGCAACCCAAAGCCGAAGCCAAGAAGUCCCAACGUGUAGGCAAACUACAGGUGCAAGAUCUGUGGAAAAAGGUGGAGGAAUGGGCCAAUGCGGACGACCCCGCUGUAGCGCAGCAGAGGCUCGCCACGGUGAUGGAAUAUCUCGAUUCCGUGCCCGACCCACAGCAGAUCCAGAAAGCACGCGAAGAGCAACUUUGGAAGCUCUGGCGGCUGAACGCCUUCACACCGGUGAUGCGAUGGGACAAGCCGGCAGACGCCCAGACCUUUCACUACAAGUGGGUGGACAAGGUGAAAGACGGCGUGUGCAAAAGCAGGUUUACCUGCGCCGACACACGACGAUCCUAUACCCCAGAAAUGGAGCAGGACAUGCGUGUCUUUGUUCCUACCCCUACUCCUGAAGCACACGCACUGCUCGAAAUAACGGCUCUGCAAAGAGGCUGCACCAUGAGAACCUUCGACAUCGUUGCUGCUUUCCUGAUCGGCAAGGACCGAGGGGCGCAGAACGAAAACUGGGUCUACAUGCGACCGCCAGCCGAGUGGAAGCCCAUUUUCGACCAGUGGGUGCGGGAGCAACCGCCGUCUGAGCAGUCCAAGCUCAGAGGACAAUUUGCUGACAUGCUGUUCAGGCUCGAUGGAAAUUUGUAUGGUCGAAGAACAGCUGGCUCCGUCUAUCGAGACGAGCUGGAAGAGCUGUUAUGCCACAAAUUGUCACAGACCGGCCGGUAUGCUUUCAAAAGAGGGGUAAAAGAUCCAUGCAUCUACAGAUGCAUGAAGACAGGUAUCAUAGUGGUCCAUCACAUCGAUGACGGAAGAUGUGCGGGGAACGCCGCCCUGCUGAACACCUUCCUGGACGAGGAUAUGUGCAGCCACUGUGAAAUCACCACCGGUCCUCUUGAGGCCGAAGGUGUAUCGGUAGAAGUUUUGGGAAAAACCAAAACACGCUUAGAGGGCUGCAUCCUAACAGCCCCGGACGCAAAGCAUGCUCGAAACAUCAUCGAAGCACUCGGUCUGAAGCCCGGAGAGAAGUCUCCAGUGCCUUCUCGCAAACCCGAUCUCUCGGACGUGACGCCGUUGAGUGCGGGGGAUGCCGCCAAAUACCGAUCCGCUGUGGGGUCCGGAAUUUACCUCUCGGCCGACAGACGUGACAUUCAGUAUGCGGUGAAAGAGUUGGCGAGGCAUAUGGCCGAACCCAGACAGUGCGACAUGCAACAAGCACGACUGCUGGGAAAAUACCUGCAACAAGCGCCCGACCUUGUUCGAGUCACUGCACUCGACCCAAGCGCGUACGAAGGGCCCAUGACGCUCGACGUCUUCAGCGACAGCGAUUGGGGAGGAUGUGUUGAAACCCGGCGAUCCACAGAUUGUCAUGUGGUGGUUCUGGGAGGAGCAAUUGUCGCCACAUCCACGCAGACCCAGCCGGGAUUGCCUGCCACCAGCAGCCCUGACGCUGAGUUAAGAGGCAUCAGCCGGGCCUGUCGCGAGGCCAUCUUCGUACACGAACUGGCGACCAUGGAUUUUGGGCUGGAGGUGGAAAUCCCACGCCUGUGGUCAGACAGCUCCACUGGCAUCACAGCCGCAAAACGCAUAGGGCCAGGAACCAAGCUACGCCAUCUGGACGUGAGCGAAUUCUACGUCCAAGGGGCAGUGCAGGCCGGGAAAGCGCUGUUGCGAAAAGUCAAAGGAACUGAGAAUCCGGCGAAUUUUCUCACCAGGCACCCAAAGUCCGAAAACGAAGUGCUACAAGCUUUACCUUCGUUGGGCAUGGUGGACCCCAAACAUGUUGCGGGCGCCACCGCCCAGGAGAAACACACGGUGAAGUUUGUGCGGGUGAAUCCGCCUACGAGCUGGAAACCCGUGUUUCCGUUCAAGCCUACGCUCGCAAUCGCGGGUAUCACUAUGGCUUCACAGAUCUUAGGAGUGAAGGCCCAGCCAAGGGAGAAAGAACUCCUAGAGCUGGUGCUGGAUGCCAUUUUGUGGCUGGGACUCCUGGGAUGGUUUGUUUUGCUCUACCACAUGGUGAAGAGCACUGUGAGGGGAACUCUGGCUAUAUACAGGAGGGUGAACCGACACCGGCAACAUGAAGAAGAGCCGGAACCGGAAGCGUCGGAGGACGAAGCUCCAACGCAGGCCGCGGAAAACGCGCCACCUCCACUCGAGGACUUGUUCCGAGAGGGACUCCUGAGCCAGAACCUCCAGAGGUGGGCCAACAGGCAGCAGCUUCUGCCGUACCACCGCAACCCGCACAGGGAGAUCAGCAGCGACGAGCACGUCGAAGAACUAGACCACAGGUACCCCGGAGAGAACCAGGGGAGAUCUACUAUGCGCCUUGCCGAAGGACAGCGCAUGUAUUCCGUAACUGCUCUGGGCUAA